CUUUGUGCUCGGCUCAAUGCGGCUUGUGAUUCUCGUUUCUCAAGGUACCUAUGUGUUGUGAUGUCAUUCUUCUUGACGUCACCAUAUCGUAGAGAAGCUUGACUUAAGCUCACCUCGAGCUCCCAAGCUCAACUUGCAAUAAACAAACCAUCAGCCAAGCCAAACCGAAAUCUCCAAAUAACCAAAUAAUAGAUUCAUCAAUCGUCAAAAUGCGCUUCCUAACCACUCUCCGCCCAACAAUCCGCCUCGCCCCGCGCAUCCCCCUCCGUCCCUUCCACGCCGCCCGCAUUCUGCAUCAAGACCAAGUCAAAGACAGCAACGGGAGUUUCAUCGACGGUCUCGCAGAGGGUGAAGCAAAGGGACGCACAGGCGGCGGCGAAGCCCUCGAUGCAAGCUCCAAGAAUGCACCUCCCCAGCCGAAAGUGUCGAACCAAAGUAUCCCAGGGAACCAGACUGAUGAGUUGACGGAGGAGCAGAAGAAGGAGGUUGAGGAGCACAACAAGGACUUUGAUAAGAAGCAUGAUCGCGGGAAUGUUGCGCCUGGCGACAAGGUUGAUAAGAAGUUCUGGGGAGAUGGAAGACAUGGGGAGAAGAAUAACAAGGAUGUGACGCCAAAGGAGGAUAAGUGAGGGGGAUAUAAAGGCCCCGUGGAUGCCAAUGCAUGCAAGGAAUAUGAAGGCCCGUGAAUGAUACAUAUACGUUAUUAAUGGGGUCAAUGGAACCAAUUUUACGCGUCUGAAUGCUGUCGUGGCGUUGUGUUUGCAGGUCCAUGCAAGAAGCCCCCAUUGCAUUAUUUGUUUUGCCGUAUUCUUGGAACCACCAGUAUAAACUCGAGGCCCAAGGAUCUGCUUAAUUCUGUCCUUAGCAGUAACGUGCUCGUUUAAUGUUUUUGACCAAGCUCGUCAACUUGAA